CAGCGUGGCGAUCAGUGGUGUGCUGUGUCCCUUUGCCACAGCAGAUCACCGAUCAGCGGAAAGAGCCGAAGACGUCUGCUCGAUCAUGUGAUCAGCUGUGUCCAAUCACAGCUGAUCGCUGAUCAUCAGGGCAUUGAUGAUCAGUGUGCCCUGAUGAUCAGUGUAGCCCCAGCAGUGCCACCUGUCAGUGUCCAAUGCCAGCUGUCAGUGCUCAUCAGUGCCACCUGCCAGUGCCUACCAAUGCACAUCAAUGCCACAUAUCAGUGCCCAUCUGAGCUGCUUUUCAGUGCUGCCUAUCAGUCCCAGUCAGUGCCGCCUAUCAGUGCCAUAUAUGAGUGC